CUUCCUCGCCGUGGCAGGGCGCUGUGGCCGGCGGCAGCGGCUCGCAGCCCGCCCCCCGCCCGCCCGGCGCCGCCGCGCACGCCCCCCGCCUGCCUGCCCGCUCUCGCCGCGGCUCCCAGGGUGCGGGACCGGCUCCCCGCGGCAGCGCAGCGCAGGGGCCGGGCAGGGCCCCCCCCCCGCGCCGAUGUCCUCCGCUCCGGUGCGGUCCCCCACGCUGCGGCCCCACAGGAUGAAGAAAGACGAGUCGUUCCUGGGCAAGCUCGGCGGGACGCUGGCGAGGAAGAAGAAAGCCAAAGAGGUGAGCGACCUGCAAGAAGAGGGUAAAAAUGCUAUCAAUGCACCGAUGAACCCAAGCACUGUGGACAUUCAUCCAGAAGAUACACUACUAGAGGAAAAUGAGGAACGCACCAUGAUUGAUCCUAACUCAAAGGAAGACCCCAAGUUCAAAGAACUGAUCAAGGUUCUAAUUGACUGGAUAAAUGAUGUGCUGGUGGAGGAGAGAAUCAUUGUCAAACAGCUUGAAGAAGACCUUUAUGAUGGGCAGGUGCUGCAGAAGCUGCUAGAAAAAUUGGCUGACCGUAAACUGAACGUGGCAGAAGUGACGCAGUCUGAAAUCGGUCAGAAACAAAAGCUGCAAACGGUGCUGGAAGCUGUCCAUGACUUGCUGCGGCCCCAUGGCUGGACGAUCAAGUGGAACGUUGACUCAAUCCAUGGCAAGAAUCUGAUUUCCAUUCUUCACCUUCUGGUAGCUUUGGCAAUGCAUUUCCGGGCUCCCAUUCGACUGCCUGAACAUGUGUCUGUACAAGUGGUGGUUGUGCGGAAACGUGAAGGUCUUCUUCAGACCACUCAUGUUACGGAGGAGCUUACAACUACGACAGAGAUGAUGAUGGGAAGAUUUGAGCGGGAUGCCUUUGACACACUCUUUGAUCAUGCACCAGAUAAACUCAGUGUAGUCAAGAAGUCUCUGAUCACCUUUGUGAACAAACACUUGAAUAAACUGAAUUUGGAAGUAACUGAGUUAGAAACUCAGUUUGCAGAUGGUGUUUACUUGGUAUUGCUCAUGGGUCUCCUUGAAGACUAUUUUGUUCCACUUCACAACUUCUACUUAACGCCUGAAAGUUUUGAUCAGAAGGUCCAUAAUGUUUCCUUUGCUUUUGAGCUGAUGCAAGAUGGAGGACUCAAGAAACCAAAAGCUCGCCCUGAAGAUGUUGUCAACUUGGAUCUGAAGUCUACCCUCAGGGUUCUGUACAACCUUUUCACAAAGUACAAGAACGUCGAGUGAUCCUGGAAGCUGCUGAGGUGUUCAUCUUUCCAACCUCCUUAGGAAAAAAAUACAAUAAAAAUGCCUUCUGCACGCUCCCUUUGUGCCUUACGCUAUACUUCAUGCAUUCUUUCUGCACUUGAUGUGGUCUUUCUUUAGCUCCUUGUAUGACAGUCCCACUAAAAAUAAUGCAUGUGUAUUCUGUAGGUCACUUGAAAAAGUGUUGGUAUUUCACACUUUUGCCAGAAGACACUGUUGGGUCUGUUGUGUGUUAUGGUGAACAAAUGUUCUUCUUGUGAUAAAGGAAAUAUACCACUAACUACUUUAAUAAGCAGGGAAAACAUGAGACCUUCCUCAUGGCUAUAGACCCUUUGAUACUAUACUAGACUUUCUUUUGCAAGCUUCUUGGUUGCUAUUAGCAUUGGAUGAUUUUCCAGGCUUAAGUGUUAGGAAUAGAAAAUCAACGUUGGAAUUUAUGUAGAAGCUGAGCCUUUUCUGUUAAAUGAGAGUUUUGUAUGUUUUGCUGGGGGGUGGGGGGAUUAAAGGCACUAUCUGAAGCUACCUGGUGAAAGCCUUGAAGGCUUCUUCAGUUUUUGUUUUAAUCUCAUACUACUCAGUGUUAUUUCUAUUCAGUGUUUACACAGAAUAAGUCUUGCAAUGGGAUGACCAUCUAAUCAUGUCUACUUUUAUUUCUUCUCCUCUGCAGGAGAAAUUUGGUUGUUAGCACUACAGUCAUUCUUUAACUGUGCAGCUUGAAUCAGGUCAGUCAGGAGCUAGUCAAAUAUGCAUAUUAAUACAAUUUGUCCCCAGUCAUUUCUGAAAUGUACAUGAGGAAUAAUGACAGUUAUUGACAGCUUGAUGGUUUAAAGUCUGACUCUUCAUUUCAUGUAGCUAAGUUAAAGGGUCAGAUUCCUGCUGAAGUUAUUGGCAGCUGUACAGUUCUGGGGCUCAGGCAAUUGUAAACAGAGUUUUAUGUAUCUUCUCCCCCCCCCCCCCCCGCCCCCCCCCAAACACACACACACAAAGAAAGGUGGAAGGAGGUUUCCCUUUUUUUCCAUGAUAAAUUCAGGUCCCAUCUACCAUGGAAAGUUCUGUGGGGAAUCGGUGCUUGUAUGUACAGGAGAGAGCUGAUCUCACUGUUUAUACAAUGCCUAGUACAGUAGGACUUGAAUUUCAGUUGGGGCCAUUAGACUCUCUACCAUGGUGCCAUCAGUUAUUAUAGAGGAGACUUGCAGAGGCACUGUGAGCAGCUGGGACUUUCAGCUCUCCUGAAGGUUAAUGAAAUUGGUCUAACUCUCUCUUGUGCUGUGAAAUAGCGGUAUCAUGAGACUGAAAGCUGGAAGAUGAUUGACUGAAAGGUCUCUGAAACUUCCUGUUUAAUUCAGUGUAUUAGUGCGAAACAAGAGGUUUGUUAAGGAGCUGUCAUUCCACCCACCUCCCUUCAGCUGAGGUGGAAGUGCCAGUGCUGUGUGUAUUUUCUGAGGUGUUGGGAAAGUCCUCCAGAGAAUCUAGUUUUGAAAUUCCUGGCAAUACUAAUAUCAAAAGCAAAAAGAAAAUAACAAGCAGGGGUUGGGAAGAGCAGUUUCGGGUUGGGGGAGUUGGUUAUUUCUGAGAAGGGGAUUUGUAACUAGUAUCUUCAUUGCAUGUGAGCAGGUAUGAGCAUGUCACCAAGUUUUAAAAGGGUCCCUCUUUUGUUCAGUUAGGGUUUUCUGGUCAUUUUCCUGAAACUGAAAUUCGUUCUCUACAACCUGAAGUAUAGGUUCCUUUUAGUAUUCCUUAAUAUCCUGUCAAGUUGAUGCUGCAGACUUGAUGUCCUGGACAAGUUGGAGGCAGGUGUCAUAUCCUGUGGGUUUUAUUAUGUUUUUAAAUCUGCUGGUAAAUGUUGCACAGGGAAAAUAUGCUCUUCUUCCUUCCUUAGCUCCUCGCUGUCUAGCCAGGUGACUCUUCUUGCAGACACUGUCUGUAUUGUUAACCAAAUUUGGAGGGGGAAUGCAUUUAUUUGAACUGGAGCUUCAUCACAAGCAAACCAGUUUACAGAAAGGGUAAUGUAGGUAAAACCUUCUCUAAACACCUGUUUUUUCCAUACCUUUCUGUUAGGUAGGCAUGACACUUAUCUCUUUUUCUCCCCAAAAGAUAAGUCAAUGUUAAAAACAUUAUUCAUGAACUUUUUGUGUAACUGGAGAUUUAGACAUGUUCUCUUGGGGACUGGUGGGAUAGAUUUGCAUCCUACUGAGUUCAUCUGGAAUGCUGAAUACUCUGCAGCAUUAAAGCUCUCACAUUUGUAAGUGCUUAGGGAAAUGUCUGUCUUUUCCAGCCUAUGCAACUUGCCUUUUAGAUGCAUCUGCUAGACAUACUCAGUUCCAGUAAGAUAUAUUAUCACAGAAGAAGCCCAGACACUCUCAGCUGCAUCCUACUUCUCAAGAUGUAAAAGCAACAAUGGCUUUUUUUUUUUUUUUUUUUUUUUUUUGAUCAGUGUAAGACCUUACAGGGCUUUCUACUCCUCUCCCCCAAAACCCAGUGCUUUCAGUAUUAAUGUAUUUUUAAGAAUCUUUUCUACUGUUUUUAACAGUGUUUACUCUGGAUUUCUAGCUACUAAAAACCAGCUUGCAGAUAAAAUUCUGGACUUGUCAUAUGCUGAACACAUCCAGCUUUGUGACAAGGGUUGUGUACUGUAAGCAAGUUACAAUGCAAUGCUAUGUUUGGCUAAAAAUGACAGCAGGAGUGUUGUAGGAAAUCAGUGCAUGGUUUGUGACAACUGUAAUAUUUAUUCAAAUAAAUAAAUGAUGAUCA